GAGUUGAUCGAUCGGUUACUGUUGAGGAAUUGAAAAAAGCGUAUCGCAAGAAGGCGUUGGAAUGGCACCCUGAUAAGAACCAUCAUAGAAUAGAAUUGGCAACAAAUCAAUUUUCUCUAAUACAACAAGCAUAUGAAGUUCUAUCCGAUCCUCACGAAAGAGCAUGGUACGAUGGUCACCGGGAUGCCAUUCUAAGAGAAGAUGACGACGAAGAGAAUGAAUUGAUAAUAAGGCAACAGAGAAGUUCAGUGCAAGGCAUUAGGGCUGAAGAUCUUAUGAAAUUCUUUAGCGCGGGAUGCUACAAAGGAUUUGACGACAGUGCAAAGGGAUUCUACACGGUUUAUCGAGAAAUAUUUGCUAAAUUAGCGGAAGAGGAAUUGGAAGCGUUUAAAUAUGAUCGCGGGGAAGAUGCAGAAGAAUUUCACCCAUACCCAUCAUUUGGUAAUAGUGAUACUCCCUCGAAUCGAGAUGAACGUGGAUUUAGAAAUUCCAUUAAAAAUUUCUAUAACUCAUGGCUUAAUUUUGCUACACAGAAGAGCUUCAUUUGGUUUGAUAAACAUCGUCUAUCUGAGGCACCCGACCGCCGUAUCAAAAAAAUCAUGGAGAAAGAAAACAAGAAAUCUCGUGAUGCGGCGCGUAAAGAGUACAACGAUACCGUUAGAUCUUUGGUUGAAUUUGUUCAAAAGCGAGACCCACGGUAUAAAGCAUAUCUAAACGCUCUAGAACAAAAAAAGGAAGAACAAGCAGCCAACGUUAAGUUACGUGCGGCGCGAGAUCGUGCCGAAUAUAUUUCCAAACUUCAAGAAUAUCAAGAGCAAGACUGGACAAAAGACGAAUAUGUUUGCGUGGCAUGUAACAAAAGUUUUAAACACGAGAAACAAUGGAUUAACCAUGAAAAGAGUAAAAAGCAUAUAAAAAAUGUGGAAAUUUUGAAAGAGGAAAUGUUUGAAGACGAUGACGACCUUAUAUUUCAGGACGCAAAAAAUGAGGGCGGUGAGGGUAUAGAGCAAGAUCAUGAUAUUAUUUCGCUACAAAAAGAGAACGGUGAUGUUGAUGAAUCAUUGCUGCCGGUAAAUGAGGAAAAUAAUGACAUUUCUUCUACCACAAACAAUAACAAAAGGAAUAAGAAGCUAAAGAAAAAACAACGAGGUCCGAAUUGGGGUCUUGAUCAAGACGAAGUAAUACCUAAUAAUGAAGAUUUAAUAACAUCUAAUGAAGAUGUAAUAUCUGAAGCUUUGGAUAAAGUUAAAAUCACUGCGCGUGGUGGGUUUGAGUCAGAUGAUGAAUCCGAGACAAUUCCUUAUUUCUUGAAAGAUGAAGAAGAAGAAAUAUCAGGACAGCAAGAAGGUAUAUUUUCAAGUAGAAAUCAAUUGUUUGCUCACAUUAAUACGACGGGACAUGCAUUGGCUGGUUCAAUGAAUGGAGGAAAAAAAUUGCGCAGAUAA